UAUCUUAGCGGCAGCUCCUUUGUCCAACCGAUCAGAGAAGAACCACUGAAAGAAGAAGUAGCAGAAGAGGAGAGAAAACUGACCUGACGUUUAUCAAUUUUGGUCUGCUACCGAUUUGUACAACUGCUAGUUUUAUCUUUGUGCAUUGAUGAAUGGAUCCCUUAUUGUUGGUGGAUUGCACGUGAAGCUCGCACCUGCGAGCCCAAAGUGUGUGGUUCAUGAAAACUCAGUAACGUGGGGCUUGCACAUAGCAGACACAAAAAUGGAGCCCACCUAUUAUCUAUUCCUAUCCAAACAAAUGUUUUUUCAAUAAGUUUUGCUACCAUUCUUCUAUCCUUUAUCUAUUUUGAUUGCUACUAACGGUAUCUCAAGAUGCUGCCAGGCUUUAUGAUGAAGUUGUUGUCACAACAUCGUGUCUUGUACUGCUACCUCAUUCUUAGCGUCUGGAUAUUUCUUAUGGUUGGAGGCAUGUACAAGUAUAUUGGGACAGAAGAUGGUGGUCAAGGUUACAAGCACUCAUCUAAUGACAUCUUUGUAAGAGGUUUCCCUAAGGACCUAAAGCCUGAAAUUAAAGGUCGUCGAAUUUAUCGUCUGUGUAAUCCCCCUGAAGAUAUUAACUUGGGGAGUGAGGGACAAGUUGAUGAUAAUUUUACUCUAGUGGGUGCUGUAGUAUUUCUUCGCCAUGGAGACCGAGGGCCACUUAUGCACGUACGGAACAUAAGUAGUGUAAACUGUGCCGGGGACUUGCUAAGUCCUGACAUAACAAAUGGUGAAUGGGAUGCUGGUUAUGCUGCAUAUGAAGCAUUCCUUCAAAAUGCGUCACUAGCAGCCGGUCUUGGUGGUGGGGGUGGAGGAAGUGACAAAUUGAGCAAUAACUUUCUAUGGCAGCUGCUUGGGCCUUUCCAUGCCUUUCCUCUGGUUCCACCCAGCAGUGGUGAAUGUAGCCUUGGACAGUUGACUCCAGUUGGAGUCACCCAGCUUCUCAGGACUGGCCAGAUUCUUAAGGCAGCAUAUGCUGAAAAAUUGGGUAUUGGGACGGGCUCUUUAACUGCAGAAGAUGUAGUCGUGUACAGCACCCAUUAUAGGCGCACGUUUCAGAGUGCCCUCGCGUUCUUAUACAGCUUUCUCUCUCUUGAUGAUCUCCACAAGGUUACAUUACGUCCUAGUCAGAGCUUGGCCUUUUGUUUUAAUGACUGUGCGUGCCCUGCUGCUGAGAAGUACCGCCAUCAAGUGAGCGUUGAAGCAGCUGAACAUUUUCGAUCUCACCCAGCUGUGAUGAAACUGGUCAGAUCUGCUGCAUCAAUUGUAUAUGAGUCACCUGACAAGACUUUAUUAUCAGACCCUCACGCUUUGAGGGACGCACUUCUUGCUUAUGUGUGCCAUGGCGCUCCUUUACCAUGCCUUGAUGUAGGGCUGUUAAACAAGGAAAUAUGUGUUCGGCCUGAGCAAGUAACCAGUCUAUUUGCAUAUACUGAAUGGGAAGAACGCUUAUAUGUCAAGAGUCAGAGUUUGAAAAGAUCCUGUCUGCUUCGAGCAUAUGGGUUGCUAAGAAGUGUGGUGGGAUAUUUGUUGAAGAUGGUAUCUGAAGGGAAACCUCGUAUUGUAAUAUACUCUGGACAUGACAAAACAUUGCAGUAUCUAACUGGAGCAUUAGGUGUUAUUGCUGAAACAGCAGCUCCCCAUUAUGCUUCUAGACUUGUUAUUGAGGUAUAUCGCAGUAAAACUUCAGAACAUCCAUCCACCAGUGAACCAACUGGAUCUUCUCAGCAUGAAGAUGGACCUGCAGCCAAAGAUUAUUUCUUCCGACUUGUUUUCAAUGGUAGGGAUCUCACCAACCAUGUUGUUUGUUGUCGACAUGGAGGGUCAACUGUCGUUCAUCCUCAUACUCACCACAACUCUCGUGCGGAGGAAGUUGAUCCAGCUCUCAAUGUUUCAUCUUCUUCUCAUCGUAAAAGUAACUCGUCAUUUUUAUGUCCUAUAGAAUCAAUUGUUCGAUUUUUGCAUGAUGAUUACUUUGUUCCAUUUAAUGCAUCUAAUUUCAAAGAUGCCUGUACUAAUCAUCUUUAAACAAACCAAAUGAAAGAAGAAAAUGAUCUACAAUUGUUUUGCUCAGAGCCGAUUUCACAGUUGAUUAAAUAAGUGCGACGUAUAGACAUAAUUGUAAAAAGACAAAACAAGACAAAAAAGAGACUUUCUAAUGAGAAUAAACUUGCUUAUGUUCCACAUUGAAAGUUGCAGUUAAUCAUUGUUGAUAAAAGUUCUUUACCUCUGCUUUUUCAUAUCUAGAUCGGUAGGAUUUAAUUAACAGGAGAGUACGGAGUGUGCUAAAUGAAUCUUUCCAUUGAAACCCAAACAUUUAGCCAUAAAUAUGAUGUAAGCAGCUUGUUUUUAAAAGAUGACAGUUUGUCACAUGUUUUAUUUAGAAAUUGGAGGCUGUGAUAUGAUUUGUAUACUGCCACUGGUGAGAAAAUCAGUUUACUGAAUGUGAAUUUACAACUAUGCCAUGCAUGACAUUUGGAGAAUCCCCAACUUGGUUGGUGCCAUGUAUGUUUGCAACUGUAAUGUUUGCUAAUGCUUAAGAAUCUUCUUUUCUGUUUUUGUUUUUUCAGUGUAUUAAUGUUAUUCUGUUUAUGGUGCUAAAAGAAAAGAAACAUACCUCUAGGAUUAUCCCAUCCCCCUUUGAAAACUGCCUUAUCCCUAUGAGCACAUUCCCAAUCAAGAAAAUGUCAUACUUAGAAGUAUGUUGUAUGUUAACUAUUUAUUGUAAUGUAUUACUAAAUGUAUGUGUGCCAAUAACAGAAUUUGUGAUAUUAGUUCAUCCUUGUUUUCCCCCUUUGUACUGCUAAGUAGCUAUUUCCUUUUAAUUUAAUUUAUUCUAUGUGUUUAUCCAGUGCUGCUAUGUGGCUCACUAAUUUGCUGUUGUUAAAUUAUUGUUACUUGUUAAUUUUGUUUUUUAAACCAUCUAGAUUUAUUUUUACUCAGAUCUAUGUGCUUUAAGCUCAUUGUUCUUGUUUUACUGGAUGCCUUUAGAGGAACUGGCCAUAAUCUAAUUUUAUGGAGGGUAGUGGAUCAAAACUUGGUGAAUCAUUCAUAUUGUAAUAUCUUCAACUUUCUUCUUAAAAAAAAAUGAAUUGCACAUGUUAAUGUUAACCCCUUUAGCAAAGUGUUAAUGAUGUCACAUCGUAUAGUUAUUUUGUGUGUCGUGUGUUAUACUGAGUUAGCUCUGAUAGGAGAGAUUUGGAGUUUCUUAGUAGUAAUGCUUUUGUUCGACCUAACUGUUGUCUCCCCUCCCUUCUCCAUGUGUGUGUGUCCCAUAUUAAUUUGUCAAGUAUUCUAGAGAACCGUCCAAAAAAAAAUUCUUUUAAAACAAGUUUGUGAAAACAAAAAAAGUGUAAGUGUUGUUGAAUGUUAGUCUCCUGAGAGA